CACGCGUGUUGCUCAUGUAGUUUAAAAAAAUCUUAGUGUUCUAGAAAAUUCUUGUAGGUUUCAUCGUUUAUAGUUACGCAAACAAGAGAAAGUCGACAAUAACCAAACAUCGUUCAUUAUGGAUCGUCCACCUGUCCACCAUCCAAAUCAACCAAUCAUUCUCUCUUUCUUUAUAUAUAUGUCAUUGAUCAAUAACACUCUUCUGCAACACAAACGUAGCAUCUUGAACUAUUUCUACAAUUUCAAAUCUACCAAUCGAAUAUGUGUUUCUUUGAUAACCAGAGCGAUCAAAAUUUGAGUCUGGUGAAGAUGGAUGUGGCAUGGUGGAUGGAGGUGGCUCCUCCACGGAUAUUAUCACCGGAGAAGCCAUCUACUUCGCCCAUUCUUGAGACGAUUUUAGAAGAGCAAGAGACGGAAGAAGACGAUGAAGAAAAUGAUGAGGAGGACUUUUAAUGAUCCAUCUGAUCUUUCGUCUUAUUUUUAGAUAGUUGUAUUAAGCUAUAUAUAAAUGUAUAAGAUGAGAUUUUGUAUAUUUGUAAUGGUAUCUCAUGAUAAUAUAAUAUAUAGUUCAUCUAUUUCUCAACUAACUUAUGAUAAGAGUUCUGUGGAAUUUUUCUUUGGAAAUUUCACGUUAUGUAGUUCGAUGAUCACUUCCUAAUAUCAGACAAACAUUGGC